AGCCGGGGCCCUGCUGUCCUCGCACAGUGGAGGUACCAUGCCCUCACCGGUCAGGACACCAGACAUCGCCAGAAGCCCUGCAGCGCUGGCUGCGACAACUCCCUGACACUCAGGAAAGCCCAGGCUGGGGGAGCAACACCUGUCCCUCACAGCCAUGCACGCCCGCUGCUGCUCCAGGUCUCCCCCGUCCCCAGGCCCAAGAUGACACCCAACAGCACCAGGGAGAUGCCCAGCCCCAUUCCCGCAGGGGCCCUGGGGCUCUCCCUGGCCCUGGCAAGCCUCAUCGUCGCUGCCAACCUGUUCCUGGCCCUGGGCAUCGCCAGGGACCACCGCCUGCGCGGCCCACCCGCUGGCUGCUUCUUCCUGAGCCUGCUGCUGGCCGGGCUGCUCACCGGGCUGGCGCUGCCCGUGCUGCCAGGCCUAUGGAACCAGAGCCGCCGAGGCUACUGGUCCUGCCUCUUCCUCUACUUGGCUCCCAAUUUCUCCUUCCUCUCCCUGCUUGCCAACCUCCUGCUGGUGCACGGAGAGCGCUACAUGGCAGUGCUGCGGCCUCUGCGGCCCCGCGGGAGCACCAGGAUGGCCCUGCUCCUCACCUGGGCUGGCCCCCUGCUCUUUGCCAGCCUGCCUGCCCUGGGCUGGAACCACUGGGCCCCUGGGGCCAACUGCAGCUCCCAGGCUGUCUUCCCAGCCCCCUACCUCUACCUCGAAGUCUAUGGGGUCCUGCUGCCCGCCGUGGGCGCUGCCGCCCUUCUCUCGGUCCACGUGCUGGCCACCGCCCGCCGUCAGCUGCAGGACAUCCGCCGGCUGGAGCGGGCCGUGUGCCGCGGCGCGCCCUCGGCCCUGGCCCGCGCCCUCACCUGGCGGCAGGCCAGGGCACAGGCUGGAGCCACGUUGCUCUUCGGGCUGUGCUGGGGGCCCUACGUGGCCACCCUGCUCCUCUCCGUCCUGGCCUAUGAGCAGCGCCCGCCGCUGGGGCCCGGAACUCUGCUGUCCCUCAUCUCCCUGGGCAGCGCCAGUGCGGCGGCCGUGCCCGUGGCCAUGGGGCUGGGUGAUCAGCGCUACACGGCCCCCUGGAGGGCGGCCGCCCAGAAGUGGCUCCAGGUGCUGCGGGGAAGACCCCAGGGCAGUCCUGGACCCAGCCCCGCCUACCACACCAGCAACCAAAGCAGCAUGGACCUCGACUUGAACUAG